AUGUCGAGGCCGAUCUUGCUCGUCUUUCUUCUGGUCAUACUCAUAGUCACCUCACAGUUUGAAUGGAGGCAACAACCACUUGUUGAGCUUGAUGCAGCUCCUACCUUGGCUCACAAACAGCACCAAAUUGCAAAGAAGGAAGAAGCUGUGAAGGAGAAGAUCAUCUUGUCACAAGAGAGACAUAUCCAGAGGCUGAACGACCUUGUACGAAAUCUUCAAAUGCAGUUACUGCGAUGCAAAGGAGAGAACGAGACACGAAACAUCACUGAAACCACCCAUCUAAACAAACAAUUCAUCGAGCUAGAGAGGAAACACAUCGUGGAGGACUAA